GAGUGCUUUGAGCUCAUCCAACUACCUCAGGACACUGCAGAGAGAGCAGGAAGGAGGCAGAGAGAGAGGGAGACAGAGAGAGAGGGUGAGUAUGCGAAUGAGCAAGAGCGAGAGAGAGAGAGCGAGAGAGAGAGUGUAAGAGAUAGAGAGAGAUCCAAGCAGGAGCACGCUCUCUCUUUUGCUGCUACAACGGAUCCUUUCCACAUCGACGCUACUGGUAACGUCACGCCUGUAAGCCGCGCGGUUGCCCAGCGCUCGCCUUCCCGGUCCUGUUCCUCUCCCCAGCUGGACGCCGCAUUACAGAGGGGGUGCUGAUCGCCACGCGGAGAGGAAUAUAAAAAACUGGAAACAAGGGGCAAAAGAAACAAGCCGGAGAGGACGGAGAAACUGCGCAGCACCCCUCCUCCUUUAACCCACCUUGAUCAACCCAGCUACAGCACCCCCACUCCUCCCAGCACCCCCAUCCAUCCCCCACCCCACUCCGCCGCUGAAGAAAUUGACGGAUUAUUGAGAAGUGCAUGGGAGGCAAGCUGCAGCUGCUGCCGUGUGCGCUCGCUACUGCUGCUGUGCGCUUCACGGGGAUGGUGUGCGCGCGUUCGCAUUCGCUGCUGCCACCGCGGCGGCUGCCGUUGCUGAAGCGUGUGGUUAGUUAGGAGGAGGACGCUAAAGAAGGGCACCGUGCGCUGCCUAGCCUUUUAAACCCCCGCCGAGCACUCCUGGAGGAAGAAAAACCGGGGAAAAAAAACCUAACGGACACGACGCCACACUGAAAGGGGGAGCGAAGGGAGACGAGCGAGAGAGGGAGAAGGGCUGUCAGACGCACCGAGCGACCAACUGAUUGACCACUGAAAAGUGAACUGAGGAAUUAAGGGAGGAGGGGGACCUUUUGUGGACUUGUCAACCCCCCAACCAUUGUAAACAAAAGACAAAAAACACUGAAAAGGACUGUGGAAUUUUCAUUCAGUCUUCAUCCGUCCUAACCCCACCUAUCUCGCUUUUUUGUCUUUUUUUGUCUGGGCUUUCGGCGCACGAAAAAUUGUGCGUGUGUGUUUGUAUGGUCGCUUAUGCUAUGGAGACCUGGGAAAGGUGUCUAGGUGGGGGAUCAACUAUCGGAUUCCAAGGACAAGCACGAGAAGAGGAGCCGACAGCAAGGAGAGAGAAAGGGAGCACUACUGCUUUGGAAGCCUGACUGGAUUCCUAUCUGCAUUUUCUUUUCUUUCUAAUCAAGACGGAAAGGGAAAAAACAUUCACUAAAGGCCUUCAAAUCUUUCUAUUUGGAUGUGUGGAUUUACAAAAGGGCUCAUCUUGUUUAAGCUCUUUGGCACUGAUACCUGUUUUGACAGAGCAAAUACAAAAAGCCGUUCUCUGCUGCUCUUGGAUAUACAUACAUCUGAUCUGAAUACCACAGCUCUUUCUGAUUGCAAAAAAGGAGAGAAGCUUUAUAUCUCAGUUCAAGGACCUGUAAUAAUAACUUGAGGUAGGUGUCUAGUGUUUCAACCCCUCUUUGCAUACGUUUAUAACACCCUACCCUCCCUUCUGUUUUGUAAUGCAGUUUCUGGUUGCUUAAUUUACCAUCAUGUCCCUCUCAUACACACAUUGUAGGGAAGCCAGUCUUUUCGACCCUCCCCUGUCCUGAGAACAGUUUAUUUCAAUAAAGGUACUGCUUAACUGAGGAUAAUUCAAUUCCUCCCAACCCCCUGCAAUUACCCCAAACCCAUGCUUUCCCCUUGUCUUAUUCAGUUCCCUUAAACUAUUUAUUCCAGUCCCUUUAACAGUACAACCAGCCAACCAGCUAUUUUCCCUGUCCCCUAAGUACCCAAACACCAGUCCCAAACACCCCAUCCUCCCCCCCAGAUGAUGCUGAAUUAUGAACGUGCCACAUCAUGAGUCUCCUGGGGCGGGUAGCUGUGCAUCGUGCCAGGAAAGCCGCCCUGCUCUGUGUACUCUUCCUGAUGGCGCGAGCGUGGAGCAGCGCCUCCCUGGCCUUGGCGGGGGCGGCGGUGUCUCAAGGACCCCAGGGCUGUCCACCGCAGUGUUCCUGCAGUAAUCAGCAAGGGAAGGUGGUGUGCACCCGACGUGGCCUCACCCGCGUGCCCCCUGGCAUUCCUGCCAACACGCGACACCUCAAUCUAAUGGAAAACGCCAUUGAGGCGGUGCAGGCUGACUCCUUCCGCCACCUGCACCACCUUGAGGUGCUCCAGCUUGGGCGAAACGCCAUACGGCAGAUUGAGGUGGGCGCGUUUAAUGGACUAACCAGUCUCAACACCUUGGAGCUGUUUGACAACCGCCUGACAGUGGUGCCCAGUGGGGCCUUUGAGUACCUGUCCAAACUAAGAGAACUGUGGCUGAGGAACAAUCCCAUUGAGAGUAUUCCCUCGUAUGCCUUCAACCGAGUGCCCUCCCUCAUGCGACUGGACCUGGGAGAGUUAAGAAAACUGGAGUACAUCUCUGAAGGAGCUUUUGAGGGCCUACAGAAUCUGAAGUACCUCAACCUGGGCAUGUGCAAUGUAAGGGGUGAUUUGCCAAACCUAAGUCCCCUCAAGGGCCUUGAGGAGCUGGAGAUCUCUGAAAACCACUUUCCUGCGAUAAAACCAGGCUCCUUCAAAGGCUUACGCGCACUGAAAAAGCUAUGGGUGAUGAACUCACAAAUAACGGUGAUAGAGCGCAAUGCUUUUGAUGACUUGACUUCAUUGGUGGAGCUUAAUCUUGCCCACAAUAACUUGAGCGCUGUGCCACAUGAUCUGUUCUCCCCGCUAAAGUACCUAGUGGAGCUCCAUCUCCACCAUAACCCCUGGAACUGUGGCUGUGAUGCUGUAUGGUUAGCACGCUGGCUAAGGGAGUACAUCCCCACCAACUCAACUUGCUGUGGACGAUGUCAUUCACCUGCCAGCAUGAGAGGUCGACAGUUGGUUGAAGUGGACCGAGGUGAGGGUGCUGCAGUUCAGUGUUCUGCACCAUUCAUUGCUGAUGCACCAAGAGACUUUAACAUCUCAGCAGGCCGAGUAGCUGAGCUUCGAUGCCGCACAGCUCUAAUGUCGUCAGUGCGCUGGCUCCUACCGAAUGGGACUAUCCUGACACAUGCUUCUAGUCAUUUUAGAAUAUCAGUGCUCAAUGAUGGGACCCUCAAUUUCUCCAAUGUGCUGGCAGCAGACACAGGCACCUACACCUGCAUGGUGUCCAAUGCAGCUGGGAACUCAAAUGCGUCAGCCUACCUCAAUGUGAGUGCAGCUGAAAUUAAUACAUCCAACCUGAGUUACUUUACCACAGUGACUGUGGAGGUCAUGGGGCCAACCACUGAAAUGCCCAAGCCUAAAUCUACCACAACUACUGCUGUUGCUGCAGGUGCUGGGGUAGCUGGAGGAGGAGGAGCAGGCCUUGGGACAACAACUACAACUGCCUCUCCUUCGAUCUUUCAACCAGUCUUCAUUUCCACGCCAACUGUGUUACUACAAAGCACAGACAGUUCGCCAGGUGCAGUUAAGCCAUCUGUGAUGCCUGGAAUUCAAGGUGCCACGGGCAAACCAGGAAAGUCUGGCCCUAGCCUGGAUGAGGUGAUGAAGACCACAAAGAUCAUAAUAGGUUGCUUUGUGGCAGUCACGCUGUUGGCUGCUGUCAUGCUCAUCGCUUUCUACAAACUGAGAAAACGGCACCAGCAAAGGAGCACAGUGGCAGCUGCUCGCACUGUGGAGAUUAUCCAGGUGGAUGAGGAGGACCUUCCACCACCAGCUUCUGCAGCUCAAGAGACAGCUCUGACAUUACCUGAAAUUCGGGACCAUAACAGCAUACACAAGCUGGACUUCAUCAGCCACAAGACUGAUUACAGCUUUCACAAACCCAAGGCAGAAUAUAAACCCCAGCCUGAUUUUACCCUUCACAAGCCGAAGGCUGAGUAUACCACGUAUAAGCCAAAUAUGGACUUUAGUAGCCACAAAUCAGCCCCAGAUUACAGUACCCACAAAUCUACACCAGAUUUUAGCCUUCAUAGACCAAAGCUUGACUACAGCCCCUUUAGGCAGGACUACACCAUUCACAAGCCUAAAGUAGAAUACAGUCCAUUCAAACCAGACUUUGGCACUCACCCAAAAACUAAAACGGACUACAGUCCCUUCAAGACAGACUAUGGCACUCAUCCAAGGCAAAAAUCUGACUUCAGUCCUUUCAAACGAGAUUACAACACCCAGCCAAAACCUAAACAUGACUACAGCCCAUUGAAAUCAGACUACAACACACAGCCUAAACACAAGGUUGAAUACAGUCCAUUCAAGCCUGAUUAUGGGACUCAUCCGAGACCUAAACCUGAAUACAGCCCAUUUAAGCCUGACUACAGCACUCAGCCUAAACUUAAAGCGGACUACAGUAUCCAGAGAUCAAAAACAGACAUCACCUACAAACCUAAGGACCCGUAUGCCACCCAUAAGACUGCAACUGAUUACAGCGCCUUCAAGACCGACUUCAGCCCCCACAAAGCGGAUUACAGCGCCUUCAGGUCUGACUUUAGUCCACAUAGUCAGAGACCUAAACUUGAUUACAGCCCACACAAAGUGGACUACAGCCCUCACAAGGUGGAAUACAGCACUCUAAAGCCCAAAUAUAACACCUAUAAACCGAGUGGACAUGGGGCUAAAUGGACAGACAACAAUGUUGGGAAUUCUUUGCCUCGAACCUUGCCCAGCGCCAUCACAGCAAUGGCUGAGCCCUUCGUCAUAAAAACUCACAACAAAGAGAAGGUACAGGAGACUCAGAUUUAAGAGGGCCCCCAAAAGGCUCCCCAUUCCUUUUCUCAGACCCUAGCUCCAACCCCCCCUUGCCCCACACCCCCUUUCUUCCUUUCCUCAUUAAAUCAUGCAAUAGAAUGCACAAAAAAGGACAGGAACUACUUUUUGUACAGCGUGCAAACUUAAAGACUGAUGCUUUCUUGUUGUACAUGCUUAUAAAUAAAUAUAUAUAUGGACAAAUUGAACCUACCAUGGGCUGGUGAUAGAGAAACAUAUAUUAAAAAGAUAUUGAAACUAUUUUCUAACUUGUAACUUCUAUUUAAAAACAAUGAAUUGUUUAAGAUGCUGUCUUGACUUUGAAAAUGAGGGUAGUGUUGUUUUAAAAAGGGGCAUUCUGUGUGAUUUUUACACCAUGCUACAGAGAAUGCAGUGACGAGAAGAUAUUUAUAUAGAGAAGACUUUCUUUAACUAAAACCGAACAAAGGUCAGUGUUGAUCUUUACAGGUUUAUCUUGUAAAAGCACCAAGAAUUUGUACUGUGCCAAAUGUUAUAAAUGCAAUAAAAAGGAUUUUUGGAAGAAAAAAGGAA